GGGAGGAAGGAAGGAAGGAAAGAAGGUAGGAAGGAAAGGGAGUGGAAAAGGAAAUUGACGAUGGCAGGGACGGACCGUAGGUGGGCUGGGAAAGAAGAGGGAAGUGAAAAUACAAGGACGUCAAUCUGGAGAGGGCUGCCAUGUCUGGUCGAUUCGCAGUCCUGGCUUCCAUGCGCCUGUUUCCUGCCGCUUCACAGCUGCACGCAUCCUCUGGGCGGUCGUUGCCGUAUUCAGCAGCCGCCGUGGGCUCCAUACGCCUAGAUUCACCGUCAGUGCUGCAACAUAUCGUACUGCACGGCAACUCGCGCGUAGCUUUCCCCCCACGCGAGCCCGAGACGUGUGGCGGCUCGUGCAGGAAGCCCCAGCCCGCUGGACCUGUUUGACCGCGACGUCGAGGGACGGCGUGCGCGGCGUCGCGCGAGAUCGGAUGCCCGCCACGCCCUUCUCUCCUACAUUAUCGCACCAGGCUCCGAAAGAGGAUAGAGUCGCCGGGUAGCAGUUUGCACUUUGGAGGAAUGAUUGGGUUUGAGCGCCGUGCAGGGUUCGGGACGCGGAGAGAUCACGACGUGGACGCACGGAUCUGACAUUUGCUGGACGAAACCCCCAGAGGCGCGCGCUGCUGAAGACGCAUGCGCAGAUAC